CCACAACCCAACCCCGACACUCCCACACUUCCACGCCAAGCAGUUUUCAGUGUAACCGAUCGAGGGGGCCCGACAUGAGCCAGGGGCAGCCGAGGAGGAUGUCCGAGGCCGAGGGCGAGAAGGCCCGGCAGCCGCCGCAGGACAGGCCCGUCAAGUACGGCGACGUGUUCGACGUCUCCGGCUCCCUAGCGGCGCAGCCCGUGGCGCCGAGGGACGCGGCGCUGAUGCAGUCCGCAGAGGACUCCGUGCUGGGCCUGGGCCAGACGCAGAAGGGCGGGCCGGCCGCGGCCAUGCAGUCCGCCGCCACGGUCAACGCGCGCGCCGGCCACGUGGGCCGUGGGCAGCUCUCCGGCCUGGCCGCCGACGAGGGCGUGGCCGUCACCGAGACCCAGCUCCCAGGCCGCCGCGUCGUCACCGAGUCCGUGGCUGGGCAGACCGUGGGCCAGUUCGUCGCGCCCGAGCCCGUGGCCGCUACGGCCCCCGGCGGCGCGCUGGGCAAGGACGCCGUGACGAUCGGGCGCGCGCUCGAGGCCGCCGCGGCCUCGGCCGCGGGCGGGAAGCCCGUGGACCAGAGCGAUGCGGCGGCCAUCAUGGCCGCCGAGACGCGCGCCACGGGGUCCGACGAGACCGUCCCGGGGGGCGUCGCGGCCACGGCGCAGUCGGCCGCGGACAUGAACGACCGCACCAUGUGCGACGCGAACAAGGUCAAGCUCCGGGACGUCCUCUCGGAUGCGAGGAGCAAGCUGCCGGCGGACAAGGGGGCGACGAGGGAGGAUGCCGAGAGGGUCGUGUCGGCUGAGAUCCGGAACAAGCCCAACAUGUCGACCACGCCGGGCGGCGUGGCGGACGCGGUGACCACGGCGGCGCGGCUCAACCAGGAGCGCGCGUAGGCCGUAGCCUCCUUUCGUUUUAGAGUCCUGU